AUGGUACCUCCACUACAGGCGUGCAUACCGACCAAACUGACCAGCGCAUUACUUAUGCACGGCCGUCAUCGCGGGCGCCGAACUUUUCUGUUCGCGGGUGAUGAGAGCAAGGAGGAGGGUGAUGAGAGUAGGGAGAAGGGUGAUGAGACUAGGGAGAAUGGUGAUGGGAGUAGGGAGAAGGGUGAUGAGAGUAGGGAGAAGGGUGAUGAGAGUAGGGAGAAGGGUGAUGAGAGUAGGGAGAAGGGUGAUAAGAGUAGAGAGAAGGGUGAUGAGAUUAGGGAGAAGAGUGAUGAGAGUAGAGAGAAGGGUGAUGAGAGUAGGGAGAAGGGUGAUGAGAGUAGGGAGAAGGGUGAUGAGAGUAGGGAGAAGGGUGAUGAGAGUAGAGAGAAGUGUGAUGAGGGUAGGGAGAAGGGUGAUGAGAGUAGGGAGACGGGUGAUGAGAGUAGGGAGAAGGGUGAUGAGAGUAGAGAGAAGUGUGAUGAGAGUAGGGAGAAGGGUGAUGAGAGUAGGGAGAUGGGUGAUGAGAGUAGGGAGAAGGGUGAUGAGAGUAGGGAGAAGGGUGAUGAGAGUAGAGAGAAGUGUGAUGAGAGUAGGGAGAAGGGUGAUGAGAGUAGGGAGAAGGGUGAUGAGAGUAGGGAGAAGGGUGAUGAGAGUAGAGAGAAGGGUGAUGAGAGUAGGGAGAACGGACGAUGA